CCUUUGCCGAGCGAAUCCAUCUCUGUUUUUCCUCCCGGCCUCAGCUAGUUGAGUGUUGAUAACUGCAGUACCAGCCAGAGCUUGCAGUGUCAAUGCUGGCGUUUUGCUUUCUCUCUUCCCCCCGAAGCCAAGAACAGAAGCGGAGCCUGGAGGACUGGCAGCGAGACCCCCGCCCCCCUUCACAGCACACACCUGCAACCUUAUUUGCAGCUAUCCCUGCCUGCCGCUGACCCCCUCCUCUCAUUUUCCAAAGGAAGACGAGAAAAAUCCAACAGCUGAGAAGGUGCUGGAGGCACCAGCAUCCCUUCUUGAAAUCCUCUUUUUUCCAGCAGCUGCCUCUCUGAGCAACGCCCCCCCAACGAAUAUUCACAAAAGGUGCUACCCCUUUUGAACUGCAUUGUAACCCAGCUGGUGUAGAGUUUCUGAGGAGGGGGGUGUCUUUUUCUCCCCCAGCGGCACCCCCAUGUCUUUCUCCAUGUCCCCGGCUAGCUACCGUAUAUAUAUUGUGUCGUUCGGACCCUUCGUAGCCAACGAUGGCAGUUGAACUGAAUGCGAGGCAGGGACAGGUGUAAAAAAAGGGGGGAGAGGAGAAGGAGGAGUCCUUGCCCCCCACCCUCCUUCCCCUCCACUCAAUAGGCUUAAGAGAGCCUUGGAGAGUUUUUAGCAAGAACUGCAGCAAAAAGAGAGAGGCACAGAGACACAACGAUUCCAGACUCGGUGGGAGACGCAAGGCGAAUCCAAGGUGUGAGUCGUGCUCCGAGAGGAGACGAUGAGGCCCGCCUGUCUGCCGCUCGUCCUACUUUUCCUGCUGAAGGGGGAAACUCACGCACUCUUCCCCGAAGAGCCUGGUCCCAUCAGUGUGGCCCUUGACGACUAUGUGAAGCAUUACCCGGUCUUCGUGGGCAACGGGAUGGGCCGGUUUUCCAGCCAAGAUGGCGGCGCAGAGCGCCUCAGGAUCCAACGAAUGUUGACGUUCAACAGGACUUUGUACAUAGGAGACAGGGACAACUUGUACCGCAUAAGCCUUGAACCCGAGGCCUCGGCCAGUGAAAUGCGCUACCAUCAGAAACUGACAUGGAGGUCGAAUCAACACGAUAUCAACAUCUGCCGGAUGAAAGGAAAGCACGAGGCAGAGUGCCGGAAUUUUAUCAAAGUGCUUCUGCUCCGCAACGACAACCUCCUCUUCGUCUGCGGCACCAACGCUUUCAAUCCCAUCUGCGCCAACUACACCAUGGACACAUUGGAGCCCACGGGAGACAACAUCAGUGGGAUGGCUCGAUGCCCCUAUGACCCCAAGCACGCCAACGUCGCUCUCUUCACAGGUGGAAUGCUUUUCACCGCCACCGUGACGGAUUUCCUGGCCAUCGACGCAGUCAUUUACCGCAGCCUGGGAGACAGCCCGACUCUUCGCACAGUCAAGCACGACUCCAAGUGGUUCAAAGAACCAUAUUUCGUCCGUGCCGUGGAGUGGAAAAGCCAUGUCUAUUUCUUCUUCAGGGAGAUCGCAAUGGAGUUCAACUACUUAGAGAAGGUGGUGGUGUCUCGGGUGGCCAGAGUUUGCAAGAACGACAUGGGCGGCUCUCAGCGGGUUCUGGAGAAGCAGUGGACCUCCUUCCUCAAGGCCCGCCUCAACUGUUCUGUCCCGGGAGACUCCCAUUUCUACUUCAAUGUCAUCCAGUCUGUCACGGACAUCCUGGAGAUCGAUGGCCGGCCGGUCGUGCUCGCCGUCUUUUCCACGCCUGCCAACAGCAUACCAGGCUCUGCAGUCUGUGCCUUUGACAUGGCCCAAAUCGCCUCCGUCUUUGAGGGGCGCUUCCGCGAGCAGAAAUCCCCCGAAUCCGUUUGGACCCCUGUGCCAGAGGAACUGGUGCCAAAACCACGGCCGGGUUGUUGUGCAGCUCCGGGGAUGCGCUACAAUUCCUCAAGCUUCUUCCCGGACGAGAUCCUCAAUUUUGUCAAGACGCAUCCGUUGAUGGACGAGUCGGUUCCAUCGCUGGGCAACGCGCCCUGGAUCAUCAGGACCAUGACCCGGUAUCAGCUGCGCAAGAUUGUGGUGGACCCCACAGCAGGGCCCGGCAAGAACCACACCGUGGUGUUCCUGGCCUCCGACACAGGCACCGUCUUCAAGUUCCUCAUCCACACCAAUGUCAGCACCAGCUCUGCGACCGUAAGGGCCAGCAGCCAGAGUUUGCUGCUGGAGGAGUUCGAGACCUAUCCCAGCGACAAGUGCGGAAAAGACAAUGUGGGUGAACGGAAACUUCUGGGCAUGGAAUUGGACAAGGCCACGGGGUCCCUGCUCCUGGCCUUCCCGCCCUGCGUGGUUCGUGCCCCCGUGGCCCGGUGUCAACAGCAUUCCGGUUGCAUAAAAAACUGCCUGGGGAGCCGUGAUCCAUACUGUGGCUGGACGCCAGAAGGCUCCUGUAUUUUCCUGGAACAGAGCACAAGGGUCACGUUCGAGCAGGACAUUCUCGGAGGCAAGACCUCUCACCUUGGCGACUGUGAAGGCUUGUUGACGGAGAGCUUUGUGGACGAGCCGGACGGCCUGGUCUCGGUCAACCUGCUGGUGAUCUCCUCCGUGGCGGCCUUCGUCAUCGGCGCCGUGAUUUCGGGCUUCAGCGUGUGCUGGUUCAUCGGGCACCGCGACCGCAAGGAGCUGGCCCGGCGCAAGGACAAGGAGAACAUCCUGUCUCACAGCGAGUCGGUGGUGAGCGUCAGCCGGCUGGGCGAGCGCCGCUCCCGGGGCGGCCCCGGCGGGCAGCCCGAGAACCUGCUGGCCCCGCUGAUGCAGAACGGGUGGCCCAAGGGGUUGGUGAAGGUCAGCCAGCACGACCUGGAUUCCGGGGUGCUGCCCACCCCGGAGCAGACCCCCCUGCAGCAGAAGCGCUGCCCCAAGCCCUGCACCUGGGAGUACAGCCACAAUCUCAUCAACGCCUCCUUGCGCAGCGGAGACCCACCCUCCUCGGUCAUCCUCCUCCACGCCGGCCACACCACUGUGCCCUCGCACCACCUCGGCUCGGGCCGCGUGAUUCCCAUCUCCUGCCACUCCAUGCUGGUGGACCAAGAGCUGGAGAACGAGGCCGGCGACCUUUCUCUGGACAUGCGGUAUUUGCCGGUCAGUGCCGGAGAGGGGACACGGGUGGCCCAGCAGCAACAACACCAGCACCAAGCGCCGCCCACGCACCGGCCGAGCGGGACUCGGAGCUCCUACGGCGCAGAGCUACCCAUCACGCCGCACAGCAGCCCUGAGCGGCGGCGGGUGGUAUCGGCCCCCGGCGGGGAGACGGGGGACCCCGCCCCGUGGAACCCCGAGAAGCUGAACUCGAAUAGUAACAAUGCGGCCAGCAGGGCGAGCGCGCAACUCAAGCGCACCCACACUUUCAACAGCGGGGAAGGGCAGGCGGCCUACGCCCGGGCAGCGCGGGGACCCACGUUGGGGGCCCAGCACACCCUGACGGACUUCAGCCACCUCCUGAAAUACAGCGGCGUGGAGCGGACUGCCUCCUCCGUCAAAUAGGGGGACCGGCCCAGGGGGCGUGGCUUGGCUCGGCGGCCUCCCUCCUUCGAAAAGGGGCGGGGUUUCACAGCACGGAGGAAGAGCGGAUCAGGAAAAAAGGACAACGCGAGACCCUGGGUCCCACCUGAGGAGGGGGGAGGAGAAGGACCUGUGCUCCCCCCCCCCAACCUCCCAGGCGUACGGAUUAUUCGGGAGAGGGGGGGCACUCGGGAGAUGCUGCUUGAGGCAACAAACAACAAAAAGCAGGGAGGGAGACCUCUUCUGUGUGUGCGUGCGUGUGCGUGAUUUGGGGUUUAUUUCAUCCGGGUGCUUCCUCAUUGGACUCUUCCUCCCGCGACGCUCCGCCUCCUUUCCGAGAGGCGGGGCGCGGGGCGGCCUCGGGUGCGGCUCCGCCCCUUCCUCGCAAAGGUGCCGCGGAAAUAAGGGGGGGCAGGAUUUUGAACGAUGGAAAUAAAUAAUAACCAACGGCGGUCGCCAGGGAAAUUUCAAAGGUCAGGGACGGGGGGGGGGUAUCUCCCUAUCCGUUGCCCCCAGUUUCUUCCCAAGUGGUUGAAGGUGGUGCCAGACUCUGAAAGGCAUUUAAAAAAGCAAAACGGGGGGCUGGCAUUCCUUCCUUCGUUUCCAUCUGAUUUCCUGUACCCGUUGGGUGACGUUCUGGUGUGUUACUUACACGCUUGCACAUGCACAAAACACGAAUCCUUGCUCGUGCCAGGCAGGAAUGGUUUGGGAGCGGCUGUUCGCCUACUCUGGCAUGGCAAGGAUUGCCUUUUUCCUUUUCCUCUCGGAUCGAGAAAUUUCUCAGAAGGAGAGGACCGUAAAGACUUUCUACAUGCACCGGGAAAGCAAAUCCCAGCAUUGCCAGGUGGGGGGGGUCAACAAGAUGGCGCCUUGGGGUCCCUUCCACUGCGAUUCUAACAGUGCUAGCGGCUGCUGUGGAAAGCAGAGCAACUUCAGGGUGCCAAACAAAGCCCCUCUUUUUCAUGGUUCUCGGCGCUGCAGGGUUUCAGGCCAUUUUGACGCCUGCUCAAGUUAAGCCCUGGUUUAAAUAAUCCUGCGGGUUGUGAUUGGGGGACGGGGAGGGGGGCAAAGAUGGCUGGGAAUGAAUCUGUGCGGAGGGCCUCAGUUCAAGAGUCAGGACAAUAUUCACAGGGUCCAUAACUGGUUUGAUUUGUAGUGUCAGCGCUAAUCCCUCACAGUUCUAAGUCUGGCCUGCCUCAGCGUAGAUCAUGGCAUUUAACGCCAUAUCUUAAGGCGGGGUCAGCAAGGUUUAUCUCACCUGGGCCGGUUUACUCCAGCGGAGAUCCCUCCAUGGGCCGGAUCCCACGAUUCCCAGCAUUUGCGUCUGUGCAG